GCCCCCACCGGGAAGCAACUCGGGGUCCUGGCCACAGCCCUUGGAAGGCCUCGUCCCACAGACGGAUCCUCAGACUCGGUUAUAAAAUACUUAGGAGCGAAAACGGGAACCUGCGGAGCCGGGCCCUAAGAUGAGUCUAGAGUCCUUGUUCGAGCACAUCGUCUUCUCCGAGCAGCAGGCCGAGGAGAGUCGCCGCCUGAUGCGGGAAGUAAGGUCGGAAAUAAAUAGAUGUCGUGAAAAAGCGAAGAAGGCGACAGAGGAGCUGAAGGAAGCGAAAAUGCAGUUGGAAUCGAAGGUUCAGCAGCUUUCUGAAAAAGACUUCCUCUUACAGCUUUUGAGAACUUACGAAAAUGCCUUAAAAAGACAGUGCAGUGAAAUUACAAACCAAAGGAAUAUGCUUCUCCAAACUUUUGUAAAUGAUACUACAAAGAAAAAAAUGACAGAGGAAGAGGAAAAAUUUAUUAAGGAAAUUACAGACUUCAAUAAUGAGUAUGCCAUAACAAAGAAAAGAGAACUUUUGAUGAAACAAAAUGUCGAGAUUGAAAUAUCUGACUUAGAAAACCAGGCAAACAUUUUGAAAAAGGAAAUGAAGUCAAUGGAACAUGAAAGUGGCCAGUUAAAUGAACUUCAAAAAGAAAAGAGUGAAUUAAUAGAAGAAUUAUUUACUCUGCAGAAAAAACUUAAAGUUUUUGAAGAUAAAAAGAAUGAAGCCAUUUGUACUACCAAAUACCUAGAGGCAGAAAAAAUAAAAAUCAAUGAAAAGCCUCAAAAUGAUGCUGAAUGCUUAAGAUGA